AAAAAUAUUUUGGAUAAUUCUACAGGCACAGAGUGAGCAAAACAAGGCCUUCUUCUAAACACGGAGGGAGAAAGAGAGAGAGCUGAGCUUCAAUGGCAGUUUCUUCAAUGUCUGCAAUCCUAAUCCCUUCGCUUCCACUCACCAAUUCUUCUCCAUUUCCUUCCUCUAAACUCAAUGUCUCUUCCUUCGCUCUUCCCUCUGCUAACAAUGCCUUAAAGCUUAGAGCUUUAAGACCCUCACAGUCAUCAACUAGGGUUUAUGCUGCUCCUGAAGUCUUAGAGUCCCAAGAGACCCUAGUCCCACCUCCAGAAACCCUUGAGGUUGGAAGUUCGGAGACUCCUAGUACUUCAUCACUCAAUGUUGGUGGAGAUGCAGAUAAGGCCUCACCCAAACAGAAAAUCAGGAUUAAGCUUAGGUCUUACUUUGUGCCUCUGAUAGAGGAUUCUUGCAAGCAGAUAAUGGAUGCUGCACGGAACACUAACGCAAAAACAAUGGGCCCUGUACCCUUACCAACCAAGAAGCGAAUCUACUGUGUUCUAAAAUCACCCCAUGUCCACAAAGAUGCGAGGUUCCAUUUUGAGAUUCGUACCCACCAGCGCCUCAUUGAUAUUCUAUACCCAACUGCACAAACAAUAGAUUCCUUGAUGCAACUGGACCUUCCUGCUGGAGUUGAUGUGGAGGUCAAGCUGUGAAAAAAUGGGGCAGCAAGUUAGGUGCUGGAUUUCUUCGAAGAACAAAUAUGUGAAAGAGAAUACAGUGGUUCACGUUCAUUUUGUGGUUAAUCACAGUAAGAUUAAGUUCCGUUAAUACAUUUGACCCAUUCCUGUUUUGCGUAUGCUGUAAGUUUUGAGCCCACCUUGGAUUGGAGUUGAAGAAUAGAGAUAUGGUGUUCCUCCAGUGGCAGCUUGUUAUAUGCUUGUAGUUUCUUUACUUUUCUCUUUGAUGUAAUCAUGCUAGAACUUUAUAAACUUCUUAAACAUGAAAUGUCAUUACCAGAUUGAUUCAGUCAUUUUUGUCGUAUUGUA